GUGUUACGUGCUGACGCAAGAUGUAUAUGAGCGCACGCGGCGGGAUCUCUUUCCCUUUUAGCGCCAUCAGAGCGGGACCCUCGCGCUGUUCACUGCGCAGCAGCACCGCAGAUCCAGACGGACCUCUACACAUCGGGCUCUCGGAAACCAAACGGUGAAACAACAUGGCAGAUCUUGACAAUAAAGACCAGGCUGAGAUGGACCCAGCAGAUAUGGAGGAUGUUGAAGAGGUGGAGGAAGAGGAAACCGGGGAAGACAACAGCAAAGCACGUCAGCUGACGAUGCAGAUGAUGCAGAACCCUCAGAUUCUCGCGGCGCUCCAGGAGAGGUUGGACGGGCUCGUGGGAUCCCCCUCAGGGUACAUGGAGAGCUUGCCGAAGGUGGUGAAGAGACGCGUUAAUGCCUUGAAGAACCUCCAGGUCAAAUGCGCCCACAUCGAAGCCAAGUUCUACGAAGAAGUGCACGAGCUAGAGCGAAAAUACGCCGCUUUGUAUCAGCCUCUCUUCGACAAGCGGAGUGAAAUCGUGAGGGCAGCAUACGAACCCACAGAUGAAGAGUGUGAGUGGAAACAAGACGAAGAGGAAGAGCUGACCGUAAGUAAGCAGGAGGAAAUGAAGGAAAAAGCCAAAGUGGAGGAAGAGAAGAAAGACGAGGAGAAGGAAGACCCUAAAGGAAUCCCAGAGUUCUGGCUCACAGUUUUUAAGAACGUCGAUCUUCUCAGCGAAAUGUUGCAGGAACAUGAUGAACCAAUCCUUAAGCACUUACAAGACAUUAAAGUCAAGUUCUCCGAUGCAGGCCAGCCGAUGAGUUUCACUCUAGAGUUCCACUUUGAGCCCAAUGAAUUCUUCACAAACACACUCUUGACAAAGACCUACAAAAUGAGGUCUGAGCCAGACGAGUCGGAUCCCUUCUCUUUCGACGGGCCGGAGAUCAUGGGCUGCACAGGGUGCUCGAUCGACUGGGUUAAGGGCAAGAACGUCACAUUGAAAACCAUUAAGAAGAAACAGAAACACAAGGGACGUGGCACAGUCAGGACGGUCACAAAGACGGUCCCCAAUGAUUCAUUCUUCAAUUUCUUCUCUCCACCUGAAGUUCCUGAAGGAGGCGAAAUGGACGAGGACUCAGAGGCCGUGUUAGCAGCAGACUUUGAGAUCGGUCACUUCAUCCGCGAGCGAAUCGUGCCCAGAGCGGUGCUGUACUUCACCGGCGAGGCCAUCGAAGAUGACGACGAUGACUAUGAUGAGGAGGGCGAGGAAGCCGACGAUGAGGAGGGUGAAGAGGAGGCAGAUGAGGAGAACGAUCCAGACUAUGAGCCCAAGAAGGAUGCCAAGCCUCCAGAGGAGUGCAAACAGCAGUGAUGAUGUCAGCGCCACCUUCAGGAUCCCCUACACUGUAACGGCUGAGAAACAAACAUAGUCACCGCCUUACAAUGUUUUGUAUUUUUCUUGGUAGAGAUAAUUGAAAAAAAUAAAGGGUUUCAAGAUUUUUGUUACAAAAAAAAAAAAGAGAAAAAAAACCAACUUAACCUAUCGAGAGCCGUGGCUCGUGACGCAUAGUAUUUUACUAGACCGGUUUCUUUCGUUUUCCUUUUCCUCUGAAAAAAAACAAAACAAAAAAAUAGUUAGAAUGCAGAAAAUCCCCCGAAGCAUGACAUUCGUUUCUUCACCGCUAAACUAGUUGGGUUCUCGUCAAGUGUUUUGUAUUGCUCUUAGACAACAGCUGUGGAAAGACGGUUUACAGGAACAGCAUCCGGAGUGAUUCCCGAGAAACAGGCGCUCAUUUAUUCAAUCAACAUUCCACAAAAACCUCACCAUUUUUGAUUUCGGAUGCCGUUUAAAGCUUAGUGGUGACUGAUGUACAUUCCACAUCCAGUCAGUCGACGCUCUGCUGCAUGACUCCUUUCUUUUCUAUGAGCACUUUGUUUUUUCUUGUCAUGUAUCUGUAGCAUUUUUUUUUUUCCCUGUCAAUGCUUAACUUUCAAUUGGCUUGCCGUUAUUCAGGUGGGUUCUCUAGCUACACGUGUCCCGGGAUGCACUCACAACGAUCCAAGCGACCUCAUUGGAGGAUUAGACUUGGAGCAAGAGAACCUGAUUGGAGGAGCCAGUUUAGCUGGUCUCUGAUUGGCUGUUAGUGGUGUUUGGCAGGCCUAUCACUGUGAAGGGGUGCGUCUGACUGUGUGUGUGUUCAGAGGAAGGUCUUCGUCUCCUCUCACUUGUAGCGCAGGUCUGAAGCAUAUAGAGCAAUAUUUUCACCCAGAAAGCCCAAACGCAACAGUGUCCCGUGUCUCGUAGUGUGGAGCGGGGCGUUCGGGUCAUCUGUCGGUCAGUUGUGUCCGAGCGGUUCAAGCAGCAGGGGUCUUUCUGGUUCCCCUCAGCAGCUGUUGUCAAAGCAAAAUGCCAUGCUACAAAAUACUAAUGUACUCGAUAACUGUACGUGGACGUAUAUUCAUGAAAAAUAAAUUGGUAAAAUGUGCAA